CGUCGAUCUUGGAGGCUUCAUUCCACAUUCGACCAUGUCGACGACGAAUGCACCGCCUGCGUCUGCAAUCUCCGAAGACUUGUAUGUCCUUCUGGAAGUCGAGCGUACUUCAUCGGAAGCAGAGAUUAAAGCGAGCUACAGACGGCUCGCGCUAAAGUAUCACCCCGAUCGCAACCGUGGCGUCCCAGGAGCAGAGGAGCGAUUCAAGAAGCUCGCGACGGCGUACGCUGUGCUGUCGGACCCAAAUCAACGCCGAUUCUAUGAUCUUUCAUGUAAAGAUGGAUCGGGUGGAAGUGUUGCUAGUCUCCAUAGCAUGCAACCAAUCGACGUGAAUGAAAUGAAUGGACUUGGUCGGAUGCUGGGGGCUCUUUGCUCGAAAAUGGGCAUUCCGUUGCCAACUCAGAUCAGUCAAAACGUUCUCAUGGCCGCUCGCGAUCUUCAAACUGGAAUGGGGGGGUCGAACGUGAAGGAUCUUCCCGUGGGUAUCGAGAUGGCCGGGAAAGUGGACAAGCAAGAAGGGCAUUUCUUCCGCGUCAGCAUUACCGAGCGCAUCGUAGAAUCUGGGUUUGUCAUGACGUGCCGGUCGAUUGCAAAAAGCAAAUUCAAGCUCAUCUUGUUCGACAAGGACGGGUCAGUGCGCUGCGUACAGGAGAGCGAAACCAGAGCCAAACACACGUCAGCCGACAUGUUCCUCACGAAACUAGAGCUCAUGGACACCGACGACACGUUCAAGUGCUUGUCCGACCUGGAGCAGACUCUUCCCGAUAUUUUCCACCGUCUCAAGACCCUCGAGCGCAUCCAAACUCCAGCGUUGGAAGCAGGCACGCAUCUCUUUUGUGUCUAUGGGGACAACUGGUUCUCUUCCCUUCAAUACAUCGUGCAGUGCCUCCCUAUCGAACCCGACACUGUCGAAUCGAUUCAGCAUGUCGAACAAGACCUUUUGCGCACCAAGCUUGAGCUCGAAGCGUACCAAGCCGAGUUUACAGCGGCGCAAAAGGCAUAUGAAGCCGCCAUGGUCAAGGCUGACGGCCUGGAUAAGCGCACCAAGGGGCUAUUGGCCACGCGCCGCGCUGCGUACGAUGACUUCUUCAACGUUGCGGCUUUGCCCUACAAGGAACUCAACAGAAAGGCGGGUGCGCAAGAGCCCGAGGCCACGUCAACGUUUGCAAGUCUAUGGAAUCGAUUUAGCGUCCAGGCACCGCCAUCGUCAGGAUCGUCGAAGCGAGAUGAAUUUUGAAGAGAUGCAUGUGUGGUUGCCGUGAUUGGGGAUUAUGGAGG